UUUGUUCAAGUCGGACGUGGGACAGGAAAGAUUUAAUAUUUCACAUACGCCUUAGAGUUGACACAUGUUUUGAACACUGCCAGAUCUCUGAGAAAGAUUUCGCCGUUUGAAUUUAACUUUGAAAGAUACUACAAUAGUAUGGUGGUAUAAUACACUGUGAAACUUUAGUAAGAUGAUAUACCUUUCCUGCCAAUAUUUAUAUUACAUUGUACACUUAAAAGGUCAUUAAGGGGAACACAAGCCGGUUGAACCGGUAUUAUUUGUAGAAAAAAUACACCAUGUAUUGUAGAUUUAUAAAUACUCAUAGCUUGCAUAACUUGCAUAAAAGGCGCCUUUCUCGUGAACAACUGUAACAUUAAAGUCAACUGCACUCUAAGGUAUCCGUCAAAUCCACCCAAUAAACAGCUCGCACAAUGCAAAAGGUAUAUGGGUCAUGUUCUAUUACAACUCGAAAACCGUAUACUAUUAUGGGACGUAUUUGAAAGCAGAGGUUAAGUGAACGCUUAAGGGAGGAGAAUUCACGAAUAGAUAAAAUACUGGAUGCACCCUAACACAGCUGCACAAUCUAUGGUGAAUUUCGACCAGCAAUGGUUAACUGCUCCAACGAGUAUCCCAACACAGAUGUUUUCUACAGUGAGAUCAGCGGUGACUACUUAUCGCUGGUGUUGCUGGGGUUGGGUAGCGUGUUGAUGCUGGUGAGUGUGGGCUUGUUCGUGGAAGAGCUCAUCUACCUGCAGCAGGUCUACUUCCAGGACGAGGUCAAGGUCAGAAAAGUCGCCACCAUCCUUGGAGUCUUCCCGGUGACGGUGAUAACGGCAUUCCUUGCGGUGGUGGUUCCAACGAGCACCUUCCUCGUCGACCUCGUACAAACAUGCUACCUAUCUGUGUGUUUUUACACGUUCGUUACACUGGCCAUCGACUAUUUCGGCGGGGACCAAGGGCUACUGGACCAUUUGGGUGCCACAAAGGUUCGGACCGCCCUGCCGCCUUGCUGUUGUUGUCUGUGUUGCAUCCUCAGGCCUAGAAUACUCACUAGGAAAUCGCUGCUGGUGUUCAAGCUGAUGUCGCUUCAGGUGGCCGUUCUACGACCCGUGCUGCUCUUCAUCGCCGCCGUUUUGUGGACGGACGGAAAAUAUAAACCCGGUCUGGACUCUGCGAGUUCGACGUACAUCUACAUCACGGCGGUCACCUCCAUCUCUCUCAUCUUUUCUAUGUACGGUUCCGGCGUCAUUUACCGGGCCGUAGCGCCCUGCCUCACAAACUACCGGAUCACCGCCAAGUUUGUUUCCAUCAAGCUUUUGUUAAUCGUCUCCAACAUCCAAACGCUUGUUUUCUCGAUCCUGGCGGCCAACGACCAACCGCCUUGCCUCGGGUCACGCGGCCCCAUAGCUCGCGGUAGCGCGCUCAAUCAUUUCUGCCUGCUGAUCGAGGCUUCCGUCCUGUGCCUGCUUGCGCGUCGCGGCUACCGGAUGGACGAGAGGGAACUUCCACCGCCGGACAAGCUCCCGGGGGACGCCGAUAAUGACGAGGAUGCUGUGAACAGUGACAAGGCGUGGUUUGACAACAUUGCCGCCAUACCGGACUCGGCAAUAUGAAGACGAAUUUAUGUACUGUGAAAGCAUUUGUGCCAAUGUCGGAAUCGGUGUGGUGCAAAACUUAAACAAAGCCGAACACAACAAAAACAACACAAAUGGCGGUCAUAAUUUAUGCAUUUAUGUCAUGCAUAUAUGGUUGUAUAUUAAGCAGUAAACAAUCCCAUGACAUACCGAAUUGCUAUAACCAUAGGAGCUCAUAUUUGUUUUAUUCAUAGAGUACUAUGAUCAUGAUAAGAAACUGAGUAAAUGAUUAACCUACGGUAUCGUAAUACGUUUUAAGUAUGGAUUUAUAUAAGACGUACGUAUGUUCAUCAAUGCUUAUAUACUAUCUUGCAUAUAAAGAUUGAUUGUGUGACAAAUAAUUUACUUCAUUCUCGUAUGAGCUACUUUAUACUUCUAAAUGGAGUGUUCCACCGUACUCGUACCUAAUCCUUGUACGGUCGCCCUGCAUAUGGUUUUGUAACAUACUAGUAGGUCAUUAAUGCGAAAUAUUGAAAAGUUGGAAAGACACAUGUCCGACGGCUUAAAAUGUUAGAAAUAUCCAUCAAGUUUUUGUUUACUUAUGACGUAAACACACGUGCAUACCUUGGCAUACUCUAGUGAUGGGCUAAGAGAUUAAUCGCAGAUUAUUGUGACCAUUUGUUGUUUAGUUCUUACAGAUAUUUUACGAUGUUUAAAAAGCAACAACCUUCCAAUAGAGAUAUCAUGAUUGUUUUUGCAACCGAUUAUAUAGCUCUUACACGGCCGUCUACUGGCACACUUUGGUUGCAGUUUCUUUUUUCAUUUUCUUAAUAAACAUACCAUUUGGUGAUAUAUGAUAAAUGAGUUUUGUUUAUGACAUAUAUUGUUUAAUGGCCGCAUAUUGAUAGUUUGUAUGGAUGUAUC